CUCACACGGCACAGAGCCUGUCUAACUCCACACACAAACGCACUCACACUGGGACACUGUCACAAAUAGACAGAAAGACUUAGUCUUUUAACAUGACCGGCAUGGCUACAAGACUUCAACACAACCGAGACAAAUCACAUGGGAUAGGAUGCAACGAUAACGCGGUGAAAUACCUCAACCAGGACUUUGAAGCACUAAGGAGAAGCUGCCUGGAGAGAGGGCAGCUGUUUCAGGAUGACUGCUUUGAAGCUCUGCCUUCAUCCUUAGGGUUUAAAGAUCUUGGACCUAACUCCUACAAAGUUCGGGGCAUCACCUGGAAGAGACCCACGGAAUUGUGCUCCAAUCCACAAUUCAUAGCUGCAAAUGCUACAAGGACUGACAUUUGUCAAGGAGCUCUUGGCGACUGCUGGCUCCUGGCAGCUAUCGCUUCCUUGACCCUCAACAAACAGGUUUUGUCUCGUGUUGUCCCCCACGACCAAAGCUUUGAUGAGAACUACGCUGGCAUCUUUCACUUUGAGUUCUGGCAGUUUGGUGAGUGGGUGGAUGUGGUGGUUGAUGACCGCCUGCCAACCAGAGAUGGAGAACUGCUGUUUGUUCACUCAGCAGAGAGUUCAGAGUUUUGGAGCGCACUGCUGGAGAAGGCCUACGCCAAGCUCAAUGGAUGCUACGAGGCUCUUUCUGGAGGCAGCACCACUGAGGGUUUCGAGGACUUCACUGGAGGCAUUGCUGAGAGGCAUGAUCUGAGCAGACCAGAUCCCCAUCUCUUCCAUAUCAUUGAGAAGGCCUUGGCCAGAGGCUCGCUUCUGGGAUGCUCCAUUGAUAUUACCAGCGCGGCCGACUCAGAAGCUGUUACAUAUCGCAAGUUGGUAAAGGGCCAUGCCUACUCCGUGACAGGAGCGGAAAAGGUGGAGUAUAGAGGAAACACCGAGAGGCUGAUAAGGAUUAGAAACCCAUGGGGUCAGGUGGAGUGGAACGGAGCCUGGAGUGACAAGUCUUCUGAGUGGAGAUAUGUGAGCGACGAUGACCGGGAGAGGCUUGUCAACCGUUGUGAGGAUGGGGAGUUCUGGAUGUCAUUUAAGGACUUCCUGCACCAAUAUUCUCGGCUUGAGAUCUGCAACCUCACCCCUGAUGCGCUCAGCAGCGAUGAGUUCAAGAAAUGGGCAGAGAUAGAGUUUGAGGAGACGUGGAGAAGGGGCGUGUCAGCUGGUGGCUGCAGAAAUUUUCCAAAUAGCUUCUGGAUGAAUCCUCAGUUUGUCAUAAAGCUGGAGGACGUGGAUGAUGAUCCUGAUGAUGGAGAGGAGGGCUGCACCUUCAUUGUGGGCUUGAUGCAGAAGAACAAGCGCCGUAUGAGGAAAAUGGGGGAGGAUCUGGAGACCAUCGGCUUUGCCAUCUAUGAGCUGCCUGAGGAGUGUGCUGGCCAAAGGCAAGUGCACCUGAAGAGAAACUUCUUCUUGCGCAACUGUUCUAAAGCACGCUCCGAGACCUUCAUCAACCUGCGAGAAGUGUGCAACCGCUUCUGUCUUCCGCCUGGAGAAUACCUCAUCAUUCCCUCCACCUUUGAGCCCAACAAGAAUGGAGACUUUUAUGUGCGGGUGUUCUCUGAGAAGUCGGCUGAUUUCCAGGAGAUUGAUGAUCCUGUUGACUGCCAUGUUGAGCAGAUCAAUAUUGAUGAAGAUGACAUCAGUGACAGGUUCAAGAGACUGUUUGGACAGCUUGCCGGACAUGAUGUGGAGAUUUCCGCAUUCGAGCUGCAGAGAAUCCUCAACCGAGUGAUAAUGCACAGAGAUGACAUCAAAACCAGUGGCUUUAGCAUGGCAACUUGCCGCAACAUGAUCAACCUGCUGGAUAAAGAUGGAAGUGGCAAACUGGGACUGGUAGAAUUUAAGAUCCUGUGGACAAAGAUUGAGAAGCUCCUGAAUGUGUACAGAGAGAAAGACGCAGACCAAAGCGGCUGUAUGAGCUCCUCUGAAAUGCGGAUGGCUGUUGAAGAGGCUGGUUUCUCUCUCAACAACGCUCUACAUCAGAUAAUUGUGGCCCGCUACAGUGACCCAGACCUCACCAUUGACUUUGACAGCUUUGUGUGCAGCAUGAUCCGCUUGGAGACACUCUUCAACACCUUCAAGACUCUGGACGAGAAAGGGUCUGGAAGGAUACAGCUGGGUUUCAUGGAGUGGAUGGAUCUGGCAAUGUUGUAGAGGAGCUCUGACUACUGACGGUGGAAGAAACAUCAACUCUGGGGCGUCGGUGGCUUAGUGGUAGAGCAGUUGCCCCAUGUACAAGGCUGUUGUCGCAGUGGCCCGGGUUCGACUCCAGCCUGUGGCCCUUUGCUGCAUGUCACUCCCUCUCUCUCCCCCUUUCACACUUGUCUGUCCUAUCAAAUAAAGGCUAAAAAAUGCCCCAAAAAAUAUCUUAAAAAAAAAAAAAAAACAUCAACUCUGAUUAUUUGCUGUGUGUUGUCUGUCUAAACUGACAUGUCUGUUGCAUGUCAGUUUAAUCAAUAGUUCCUGAUCUUAAGGGAAGGUAAUGUCUUUAAGUUUGAUAUAAUC